UGGAAAGGGUUAACGCGGAGGUGCAUUAGAGAUGCAUGGAGGAGCAGAGGGGAGGAGGCGUUCAGCGCUGAGACAUUGUCAUGCAAACAGAGACCACCGCCUCGCCAUUGUCUCCCGGACACCAACUUUAUUAUAAACACACCGCGAGCCGCCCGCCGCAGCAGAGCACCGGAACACCGGCACCGAGAGACACGCGCUGGAUACCGCGAGAAAACCACGCGUUCCGCUGGAGUUUGACGCCGCAACCGGAGCUUUCGCGUCUCCGUCCGCGCUCCACAUGUACAAAAUGGAUUACUCGUAUCUGAACACGUAUGACUCGUGCAUGGCGGCGAUGGAGGCGUCGGCGUACGCGGACUUUAACUCGUGCAGCCAGGCCAACACGUUCCAGUACAACCCGAUCCGAACCGGCUUCAGCUCCAAUCCGGGAUGCGCUCCGCUCGGUUCCGCCAGCUGCACCCUGGGCGCGCUGAGGGAGCACCAGCCCGCGCCUUACAGCACAGUCCCGUACAAGUUCUUCUCGGACCCCUCCGGUCUGAACGAGAAGCGCAAGCAGCGGCGGAUCCGCACGACCUUCACGAGCUCUCAGCUGAAGGAGCUGGAGCGCGUCUUCGCGGAGACGCAUUACCCAGACAUCUACACGCGCGAGGAGCUGGCGCUAAAGAUCGACCUGACCGAGGCCCGGGUGCAAGUUUGGUUCCAGAACCGACGCGCCAAGUUUCGUAAACAAGAACGCGCCGCCAACUCCAAAGGAGCGAACGCGGCCAACGGCUCCGGCGGCAAGAAGUCGGGCGAGAACCGCUCUUCCUCUGAAGACGACGAGUCUAAAGAGUCGACCUGCAGCCCGACGCCCGACAGCACGGCGUCUCUGCCCGGCUCCGGGAACAUGGGCAGCCCCGGGGCCAGCAGCCUCAGCCCCAGCCCGGUCUCGGGCUCCUCGGCCGCCUUCACCAAUGCCUCCAUCUCGCCCUCCAUCCACCAGGGCCUCAAGAGCUCGCCGUGGCCCAGCACCGUCCAGACCCAGGACCUGCUGAAGGCCUGGCAGCCGGCGGACAGUAUGGCGUCCGGGCCCUUCGCGGGCGUUCUGUCCUCGUUCCACCGGAAACCCAACACAAUCAAGACCAACCUGUUCUAGAGACUCCGCUUCGUGCGUCUACUGCGAGUUCUGUUCUGUCGAUUGAUUUGCGUAGAGCUGGACUCCUGGGCCCGUAUUCACAAAACAUCUUAAGGCGUCUAAAAGUAGCUCACAAAUGAUCUUCAAAACAAUGCACUCUUCAAAAUAAAGGUGCUUCACGAUGCCUUUUUCAUCUAUAAUGAACCUUUAACAUAUGUUUCACAAAAGGUUCUUGGCGAAAGAAGGUUCUUCAGAUUAUAAACAGGUAAGAAAGACAUGACUUGACUGAAUGGUUCUUCAAAAAUGGCAUCGCCGUGAAGAACCUUUUAAGCACCUUUAUUUUUAAGAGUGUGGGCGUCAGUCCUAAAUUUUUGCUCUAAGAGUACAGCGGUGGCCAAAAUGAUCAGAACACUAGUAUUAUCAGCAGCUAAAAAUGGUUUUAAGUCGGUUAUUUCUAUCUUUUGCUGUAGUGUGUCAGGAGGAAAUAUCAGUUUACAUUCCCAAACAUUCAUUUAGCCAUUAAUUAUAAUAAUCCAGUGAGAUUUGUCUGAUCUGAUCAUCAUCAGUGUGUCUGGAGUCACAUGAAGAACCAGAACAAACUGAGACUAAAUCCAGAAGAACUGUGUCUCUGCUUCAAGAAACCUCCUGCUUGUGCCUAAACAUGCUGUCAAAAAUAGUCAUAAAUAGAUUUUCUUUAUCAAUUAACUUCUAUUAACUAAAUGAAAUCAACAUUUGGUGUGAGCAUGCUUUGUGUAGAGUUUCUCGGGAGCUUCGCUGGUAGGUUUCUUGAAGCAUCUUAUCCCAACUCCAAAUUUUCCUUUUUUGUUUUCAUUAACGAGUAACAGAUGUUCUUGCGUCCAGUUUGGUUUUCUUUUAUGUUUGCAUGUCUCACUAUCAGCUAUGAUUAUUCUACCCUGUUAAUUAAAAGGCUGUUUAUAUGCAUAUCCGCGAACUGUUUUUGAGAAGCAUACAUUUAAGAGUCUGACAAUUAGCUGAACUUAUACUUGUUUAAUUAUUGACGCUUAGCCUGCAUUUUAAAAUCUUUAUUUGAAUGUGGCAAUUAACAUUUUUAUUUUUAAACCUUUAUUUGAAUAUGGCUACAUAACAAAUCGCGCUCUACAAUAUUUCUAUGAGUAAAUCUCUGACAGAGACUAUCAGCCAAUCACUGUGUGCAUAGUUAAUAAGCAUGCUGACAUCACCCAUAGCAACGAGGUAAACCCCGCCCCCUUUACUCUGAGCUGGAGACUGCUCUCAAGUUCGUCUCAGCAGCUUUGUGAAUAGGUUUUAAGAGAAAAAUCUUUUUUACUGCUAUUUAGGAGAACGCUUAAUGGUGAGAUAAAACCAGUGUUUUGUGAAUACGGGCCCUCAUGAUUAAUUUAUUGUCAUGUUGGCGCUUCUGAUGUGUGUAUGUCUGUGUAGUCCAUUAUUUGUGUUCAUCGGGUCCGUUUCCUCUUAUUUUCCUCUUAAUGCUGAAGAGACACCCUAUAGAUCCACAUCAACAUCCCUUAAAUUGUCAGUAAAUGAGUUCCUCAUUUCCUCUUAAAUGAAGGUCCAGAAGCGUUUGUGCUUCAGAACGAGAAAUCAAUUCAGGUCUUCAGGAAGAGACGUCGAAUGAGAAGGAACUGUAAUGCGAUUAGAGGAGCUGUAACCAAAUAUUCACCGCAGAUUAUGGGUUUAUUAAUGAUCCGUACCUAAAUUAGAAGUCUAAUCUUAAAUAUUAAUAUUCCAGCUUGUUUUUAUUCUUCCAGAACUCAACGGUUUCUGGGUGAGUUUAAGGAUUCAGGAUCAGAAUGAUGACAGACCUGCAUCUUAUUGAUGAAUUUCUCAUGCGGUUCAAGCUCUUUGAAGAUGGAUUUGAUGUGUGUGUGUGUGUGUGUGUGUGUGUGUGUGUGUAAGAGUGUGUGUGACCCCAGAAACAAGCAUUGUUAAGCCACUUGUAGUUAAUUUAUUAAAGGAAAAAAGAAAAACAAACAAACAAACAAACAAAAAAAAAAAAUGUUGGGAUGAUUUUUUUAAGCUAGGCUUUUAUUGAAAAAUAUUUUGUAAAUAUUAAUAUAAAUACGAUGUAGUUUCUUUUUUUAAAUGUUUCCUGGCUCCAGUGCACGCCAUGUAUUUCAUGAAUGAUCUGCUGUAUAUAAUCCAUAAAAAUGA